AUGAGCGCCCAUGUCGUGGUCAUCGACGCGACGGCCAGGCGGGCUACUAUCAGGACAACACCUGCCAAACACUUAACAGACGUGUUGCAAGAGGCAUGCUCCAAGCUUGGAUAUAAUCCUAGCCAAUAUGCCUUGAAGCAUAACGGCAAACAACUGGACCUUUCCCUUUCCUAUCGCCUCUCUGGCCUGUUAUCUGGCGCAAAGCUAGAGCUUGUCCAGCUAUCUCGAUCUCCUUCUGUCGUUACUGUUGCCCUCCAGCUUCCCGAUUCCGAAGCUCGCGGUGCACCAAACGGCCGCAUACUUGACAAAUUCCCGAGCUCGACUACGCUCUGGCAGGUUUUGCGCAAGUUUGAAGCUGGCGUCGCAGGAGCUGGUCCACUGCGAAACUUGACUGCCCGAGGGGUGCCUGCUACAAAAGAUGGCGACUCCGGUGCUGGGAGCUUGUUCUACGAGAUCCCUGUCCUACGGAUUUUGGAGCGCGAGCUGUCAAGCUUCGCUGACUUACAGAGAACGCUGGCCCAACUCGGCUUCAAUAGUGGCAACGUACUCAUCCGACUCAGCUUCCGACGGACAGAAGAUCCCCUUCACGUGGCCAUGACCAAGAUUGCCGAGUACUUCAAGGCCUCCGAGGAUGAAAUGCCUCCGUCGACACCAGAUCAAGCACCCGCAACGUCCGGAGAGGUGAUUAAAGAUGAAUCGCAGCAGCAGGAUCUCAUUUCUGAUCAACCUGAAGUAUCAACUGAGCCGACUGUGUUAUCAGUAGAUGACCAAGAUAUUCCGGUUCCAGAUGCUCCAGAGCACCCCACAUUAGCGUCAACACUCGAACGACCCAUCACCGUCUUCUCUCCUCCAUCCGCCAAUACUCCAUCGUCUGCGCAAAUACCCUACAACGAGGAGGAUUAUAUACCCUCAGUCGAGCACGCGAAAGCUCAUCAGCGCCUCCUCAACCAAACCUCUCGCAACCAGCGCCUACUCACUGAUGCUGAAAUCGCCGCUAAAGCUGCAGCAGAGGAGAAGCGGCGCUCCGCAAUACGCGAAGUAGAUGUGAAAGUCCGGUUCCCAGAUCAGAGUCAGAUAGUCUCAAAGUUUGGGCCCUCCGACUCGGGAAAAUCAUUGUACGGAUUUGUACGCAGCUGUCUUGAUCCAGCAAUCACUGGAGAGAAGUUCAACCUCAACAUAUUCAGCGGCCCCACGGCGUCGCAUCCUGGAAGUCCAAGCACUCUGCCCGAAACUGCUCAGACCCUGAUUCAGGAUUUGGGUAUAGCAGGUCGAGUCCUGGUUAACUUCACUUGGGCUGAUGGCGUGUCCUCUACACAGCGCCGAACCAACUUGCUGCGGCCGGAACUCCGUAGCAAAGCUCAGGAGAUAAAGGUCGAGCAGCCACCGGAGCCCAAGGAGGAACCAUCUGCACGAAAGACCGAGGAAAACCCGGCUGAUUCUGGUGAUGGCAAGCCUAGUGGAGCAAAGAAGAGUGGUGGCAUUCCGAAGUGGCUGAAGCUCCCUGGAAAGAAAUGA